UUAAACCCUUCUCUCUCUGUUACAAAAAAGAUAAACCCCUCUUUCUUCACACACUGACACAGUCACAACACACUGAGAUGCUUUCAGUACCGUUCUCCUACGUGAAGCUUCCUCGAAUCAGCACAAUUGUAAAAUUGGGUCUCCGAAACCCACGAAACGUUUCGCUCUACUCGACCUCAACCGCGCCAACCCUAGUAAGAAAGCCCUGGAAUCCCUCGCUGACCGAUCUCUACCGUCGGAUUUCGCCCGUAGGAAACCCCAGGCUCACGAUCGUGCCGAUACUCGACCAGUGGAUCGCAGAAGGAAAAACCGUCACCAGAGAACCACUCCUCUCCAUUAUCAAGGAGCUCAGAUAUUACAAACGAUAUGUUCACGCCCUUGAGGUAUCUAUGUGGAUGACUGACAAAAGGUACUUUGACCUUUCGUUCCGUGAUGUUGCCAUCCGACUAGACUUGAUUGCAAAAGUUCAUGGGAUAGAAGAAGUCGAGAAUUUUUUUAAUAAUAUUCCAGUAAAAUUAAAAGUUCUUGAGGUUUAUAGUGCUCUUCUCAACUGCUAUGCCUAUGUAAAAAAUGUGGAGAAAGCAGAGGCUGUUAUGCAGAAGAUGAAAGAUUUGGGAUUGGAUAAGACCGUAGUGGCUUACAAUGUUUUGCUUAAUCUCUAUCAUAAGACUGGAAAUCACGAGAAGCUUGAUGCUCUGAUGCACGAAAUGGAAGAAAAGGGCUUCAAUUUUGACAGAUAUACAUUUGGCAUCAGGCUCAGUGCGUAUGCAGCUGCUUCUGAUGUGGAGGGAAUUGAUAAGAUUCUAAGAAAGAUGGAAUCUAAUCCCAGUGGUGUUUUGGAUUGGACCAGUUAUGCUGUUGCGGCAAGCGGGUACACAAAAACUGGGCUUGUGGAAAAGGCUUUGGAAAUGCUCAAGAAAUCAGAGGGAUUGGUAACUUCCAAAAGAAGAGGUAAUGCAUUUAAUUUCCUUCUCACACAAUACGCAGCAAUAGGAAAGAAAGAUGAAGUGUUAAGACUCUGGGAAUUAUACAAGAAGAAGGAGAAGAAGAUAUACAGUAAGGGCUAUAUGAGUGUCAUAACCUCGCUGUUGAAGUUUGAUGACAUUGAUAGUGCUGAGAAGAUAUUUAAUGAGUGGGAUUCCAGACAGUUAAACUAUGAUAUUCGGGUUCCAAACUACCUAAUGGGUGCUUUUUGCAGAAAAGGUCUUAUGGAGAAGGCUGAAACCCUUGUAAACCGGGUAAUGGUGAAAGGAGGUAGGCCUAAUGCAAGGAUGAACUAUUUUUUGGCGACAGGUUACCUUCAGAUAAAUCAAUAUGAAAAGGGAGUCGAAGCGAUGAAGAAAGCAAUUUUGGUCUGUGGGCCUUGGUGGAAGCCAAGUGAAAAAAGUUUGGCUGCCUGUCUGGAGUACUUGAAAACCAAAGGAGAUGUGGAGGCGGCAGAGGAACUCAUUAGAUUACUCAGGGAUAAGAACAUUGUCUCUGUAGAUAUUUAUGACAGACUGGUGAAUUAUAUUAAAGAUAGUGAAUCAAGCUUGCCUGCUCUGGAUGAGAUGGGAGGGGAUGCUUCAAUUGGAAAUGGAGAAACAAUUGGAUUUUCGGAGUUCAAGGAGGACAGAGGCAAUUAUAUACCAAGUAGCAGGAACAUGUCCGAUGCAAAUUCAGAAAACUACUGAAACUUUUGGAAGCAUGUUGGCAAAGUGGUGAUGCAGGAGCAUGUAAGCCCAAAGCAAAGAAGGUCCCUCGGUCCAUUAGCUAUCUCAGAACCAGUUUUUAUUGAUAUGUUAUGCUUUAUAUUAUGAUGUUUUAAAAAAUGUUGGGGGUAUUAAAGUUUUUACUGCAACUCCUUGCAAACUCACGUGACAGCUCACAUUUUAAGAAAAUGAGUGUCACUUGAACUCUAUGUGGCAAUCCACAUUUUAGUGGCUGACGUAAUAUUAUCACGUGGACUACCACACUAGUUUGCAAAUGUGGUAAAUAUCAUGUAGACUAUCACGUGACAGUCCACGUUUUAAUAGCUAACGUGGUAAGUGUGACGUGUAUUAUCACGUCGGUUUGGAAAGGAGCUAGCAAAAGUUGCGGUACCUAGUAAAACUCAAGGGCUAGGAUUAUAGGAUUAGUAGAAGCUAUUAUAAAUAGUCUAUUUUGAGUCAUUGAAGGCACCAUUUUCUUUUCUAAUAUAUGAAAUUUCAAAUUUGAGUUCUUUGA